GUCCAAAAGGGCAGCAGGCACCGGGGCGUAGCGAAUGGAUCGUGGCGGCUAGUAAAUAAAACUCGUGGGAUACGCUCCGCGCGGUUGUGUUGUGGUUCUGUUGCUCGAACGUGUGUAAUUGCGCUACCGGCUUAGCUCAUCGCGUAUAGGAAUAACGCGCGUCACUCAACACUUCGCCGGCGGUGCAGCAACACAGCGUCAAGCCAUCGGUGGCCACGCGUGCAGACUUUCAAGUGCGGAGGUGUUCAAUAGGAUUGUGUAAUAUCGCCAAGUUCUGGUUCGCGCGAUCCCACUCGAUCCAUAUACGAUAGUGUUUUGCCCAGUCCAACGACCUUUAUCGUUCAUUCUUGCGCGGGUGUAGUGAAUCAUCGAAUGUCCCAAACUUUCCCAGCUAGCAUAGGAUGGGAUGCUUUCGUGGUGCACCGUUGGCAGUCACAGCAACGAUCGUGCUGAAUUUACUUUUGGCGCCGCAAGUAGCAUGUGAAAAGUACGAGUACAUAAACUUACCGAAAGCACACCUGCCGAUUUACUUCCGACGUUUUCCUACCCUGGAGAAGCAGUGCACCGAAGACGAGAGUUGUCCCUAUCGAUCGAUCAUUGCUAGCAGCAGCUACCAAAGUCGUAAGAAUGCCUGCUGGGGCUACGAAGACGGGUGUACGGAGAAGGGACGCUUCUCGAACCAUAGCUGCCCCGGGAGUCACAUCGGUUACGUGAAAAGCAAGCAGGCUCAGCUGGAUACGUUCUACAGCCAGGCGGACUUUGGUUUCGUACGGGAUCAGAUACGUGAAACACGCAUCAUGUGUGAACCGCAGUUUCCGCACGAUUCCUCGCUGGAAUGUUCCAAGUACCUGCGCUUUUGCCGUGGACGCAAUCUGAUGAUCAACUUCACCGAUCUGGCCGUCCGUACCGAACCGCUGCGCUACAAGAUGGACGUCAUCGGACAGGGGCAGAUCGGAGGGCACUGUACGCUGCACGGCGAGCGACUGCGGGAUGAACUGCAGCACAUUAGUCCGCUGCAGUCGUGGGGUCCGGAGUUGCGGUUCUUCGAGCGACUCGUCAAACCACCGAUCGAAAACGACCAGUGCGAUGUGGUGAUAGAGAAGCCAACUUUCAUAAUGAAAAUCGAUGCCGCCAUCAAUAUGUAUCACCAUUUCUGUGAUUUUCUUAAUCUCUACGCUUCGCUGCACGUGAAUCUAUCGCAUGCGGCCAGCUUUACGACGGAUACGCACGUGCUGAUUUGGGAAUCGUUUCCGUAUCACUCACCGUUCGCCGAGACGUUUAAAGUUUUUACGCGAAAUCCGAUCGCGAAUCUGAAGACCUAUGCCGGAAAAGCGGUGUGCUUCCGGAAUGUGGUCUUACCGUUGUUGCCACGGAUGAUAUUUGGCUUGUACUACAACACGCCCAUUAUUCAUGGCUGUGAAAAUAGUGGUCUUUUUCAUGCGUUUUCCGAGCAUGUUCUCCACCGGUUGAAAAUUCGUAUGGCAACCCGAGCUGAUCGUCGACUGAGGAUCACUUUUCUUUCCCGUCAAACACGCUACCGGCGGGUGCUUAACGAAGAUGAACUGAUUGCAGCUGUUGCCAGCAACCCAAACUAUGCCGUGCAGCGCGUAAACUUUGGACACGAACUGAGUUUCAUCGAACAACUGAAGAUCACUCGCAACAGUGACAUUUUUAUCGGUAUGCACGGAGCCGGACUGACGCAUCUUCUCUUCCUACCCAAAUGGGCGACGCUCUUCGAGUUGUAUCACUGUGAGGAUCCGAACUGCUAUCGCGAUUUGGCACGUCUACGGGGUGUCCACUACAUUACGUGGGAGCGUGAUCAUUUGGUCUUCCCGGAGGGUGAGGGGCGACACCCGGAACGUGACGAACGGCACGCCAAGUUCACCAACUAUGCGUUCGAUGUGAAUGAGUUUGAGCGAUUGGUCGCGAAAGCGGCCGCCCAGGUGGAAGGACACGAGGAGUUUCGGAAGUUUUGCGCUCGCAAUCCGCGAACGAAGGAUGAGCUUUAAUCUUGCUUUAAAUAUGUUCCAGAAAGCAUUUCGGUGAUUUUUUUACCAAUACCAUUUAAGGAAGGACAAAAACGCUUUAAAUAAGAUUCACGCCUUAACCCGGCAAGCUUUAUAAGGGGUUGAGAAUCGGCAGUGAUAGGAAUCUCUACCGUAUGAAAGUCCCUAACAAUCUGCCUUACGAGCUUCUUGUGUUGGUUAUGGCUUAA